GUGGUUGUUGGUUGGUCUAGCUCUGUGUCCACGGCUCUCGGGUAUCCGCACGAGAAGCUCCCCAGAAGCUCUCCGUCUCGCUCUGGCUCUCGCCCUGUUCGCGUUUUCGUGACUAAAUAAAACUAAGAUCUGCUUAGUUGAAGCAACAAGAAUCCUUAAACAAAUACUAAAUAAUAAUAAAUAAAUAAAAUAAUCUACGAUAACUGCAAGGUGCUGGUGCAUUCGCAUAAAAACAACCUUAGGAACCCCUGAAAAACCGGUUAUGCGCACCUCCUGAACGCGAAAACGAGACAGCUAGUGUGUGUGUGUGAAGUGGAGAAAACUAUCUCAGACAAAUUGCAUUGCUCGGUAGUACUUGUGUGUGUGUGUGGCCAUUGCAGCGAUCGCAGCAAGUCUCCAAACUCUACACAUUACGCAUACGCACCGUGUGCAGCUGACAUUAUCGCCGUUAUCGCCACAGUUUCGUCGGUCGCCGCUCUGUUUUGGCCUUUUCGCGUCGCCAUGGCUGCCAAAAGGCGUGUGUCGCACUGAAAACGCAAAAGAGUGAAAAACAAACCCAGAACUGUCGCCGCACUUGACGGUUGAGUAAACACAACGGUGGCCAUAUUUAUAUUAUAUCUGGUUCCCUCGUUCUCGUCGCGGUUGUCGCCUCUUUUGGCGGCCCCUAGAUAAGCCCUGACACACUAAAGUUCUACGCAAAACCCGCAUCGCGAAAGUUGUGACGGUUAAGCAAAAAAUAGAAAAAAAGGGUUAAGCCACAACAGUGAACAAGUGGAGACAAUAGUGAAAAUUGCGAUUCAAGUGAUAGUGGUGAAAAUUUCUCAAAAAACUCAAGUGAAAACGAAAGAACUUAAACAAUAAUGCGGAAUAAAAAGAUCUGUUGAUGAUCAAUUUGCAAUGAUCCCCAAGUAAAGGGUUAUUCAAGGCUCAAAUAGAACAAAAAUAAGUCAAGAAAAUAUAAACCGAAGCCAUGCAAGAAGUCUGCAGCACGCUGGACACGACCCCAAUGGGCACGCAGAUCAAAUCGGAAUCGCCGCUCAAUCCGCUGCAGGUGCAAACCGGCCAGACCUCGCUCCCAGUGGGUGGUGGAUGUGGCGGAGUCGGUGGACCCGGCGGAGUGGGUGUCGGACAGCCUGGUGUUGGCCAGCAGGGAGCACCACCAGUGCCGGCGGUAAUGCUGGUCAACAAGAUGGCUCCGAACUGUGAUAAACGGGCCGCGGAUACGGCCUACUGGAUGGCGGCCUCCGAGGGCGGAUUCAUCAACUCGCAGCCGUCGAUGGCCGAGUUCCUCAAUCAUCUGAGUCCAGAGAGUCCCAAAAUCGGCACACCUGUUGGUGCCGGCGCCAUCGGAGGAGGAGUGGGCGUCAAUGUUAAUGUCAAUGUUGGCGGGGUCGGCGUCGGAUAUCCGGUCGGCGUUGUCCCUCAAACGCCGGAUGGCAUGGACUCGGUGCCGGAGUAUCCCUGGAUGAAGGAGAAGAAGACAUCCCGCAAGAGCAGCAACAACAACAAUCAGGGUGAUAACUCCAUAACUGAAUUCGUUCCAGAAAACGGCCUGCCCCGACGACUGCGCACCGCAUACACCAACACCCAGCUGCUGGAGCUGGAGAAGGAAUUCCAUUUCAAUAAAUAUUUAUGCCGCCCAAGGAGAAUCGAAAUAGCAGCCAGCCUGGACCUGACCGAGCGACAGGUAAAGGUUUGGUUCCAAAACCGCCGCAUGAAGCACAAGAGGCAAACGCUCUCGAAGACCGACGACGAGGACAACAAGGAUAGCCUCAAAGGUGACGAUGAUCAGUCCGAUAGUAACUCCAAUUCGAAGAAAUCGUGUCAAGGCUGCGAACUGCCCUCCGAUGAUAUCCCCGAUUCCACGUCCAAUUCCCGCGGACACAACAAUAAUACGCCGAGCGCCACCAACAAUAAUCCCAGCGCUGGAAGUCUAACGCCCAACUCAUCCCUGGAAACGGGCAUCUCCUCGAACCUGCUGGGCAGCACCACCGUAUCCGCCUCGAAUGUGAUCAGCGCCGAUUCCAGCGUGGCAUCUAGUGUCAGUUUGGACGAGGACAUCGAGGAAAGCAGCCCCAUCAAGGUGAAGAAGAAAGACGACGGACAGGUCAUCAAGAAGGAGGCGGUGUCCACCUCGUCGAAGGCCUCUCCCUUUGGCUAUGAGAACUCCACGCCCAGCAGUCUGGUCAGCUUUCGGCGAGACUCGGAUGCUGCCGUCAUCGUUGGUGGCGGAGGAAGUGCACCUAUUAGCAAAGCGGGCAGCAAGAAGCGUUUUCAGAGCGGUGCCAAUGCCAUUGCCACGCCCACUCCGCUGACCGAUAGCAACGGGGGAAACGGUGGCGGUGGUGGCCCAGCCAGUGGGUACUUCCCCGGCUACUAUCCUAGUCCCAAGCAUCAGCAGCAGAUGCAGCAGCAGCAGCAACAGCAACAACAGCAGCAACUGCAUCCCCAGCAGCAGCAACAGCCGCAGGACUACUACGGCAAAUACGAUAUUGAAUUCGCCGCAUCGCCGCAUCACAACCCCCAUAAGCAGCAGGCCCUGCACGGCGAGUAUCUGAGUCCCAAACCAAACGCAGCCAGUUUCCACCAAAAUAGUCAACAACAACAACAGCACGAGCAGCAGUUCUACUACAACUACAAUGACACCAACGGCGGCAGCGCGUACUUGAACCACCAGCAGCAGCAACACCAUCAGCAGCACCAUGUGGCUGACUUUGAAGCGCCACCUGUCAACGGGCCGAGCAACUUCAACAACGGCUCGUACUACGACAAUAUGAGCUUUCAACAACAGGCGCAGGCUCACCAACACCAAGCGGUGGUGUUCCAACAACAACAGCAGCACCAGCAACACCAACAAGCCGCAAUUAAUCACCAACAGCACAUGCAUCACCUGGGCGCUGGGGAGACGUAUAGUGCUCUGGGCCUGCAAAUGGAGAACUGCGAGGGCUACAACAGUUUCGGAGGCGGCGGAAGCGGGUCUGGCUACUAUGAGGCGGGUCAACAACCCCCUGGCCCUGCCACCCACUCGCAUGGCCACCACCCCCACCACCAUGUGCAGGUGCAGGCGCAGGCGCACGCCCACAUCCAUGCCCACCACAACCCGGCGGCAGCAGCCCAGGCAGCUGUGGGGGUUCCGGGGGCAGUGGGAGUUGGAGUUGGAGUUGGGGUGGGACCACCUCCGCCGCCGCCAUCGCACAUCCACGGAUUCGCCCUAAACGGAGUAGGACCUGGUGGCCAGGGUCAGGGCUUUAGCAAUAAUGGAGCCAACGCUGCAGGAGCUGCGAUCGGUGGACUGGAGAACUCGAACAGCUCGUCGGACUUUAAUUUCCUGAGCAACCUGGCCAACGACUUUGCCCCGGAGUACUACCAACUCAGUUAGUUCAUGUAGGAAGCCGGAGGCGAAGCCAGUCAGCCAGAGGGCCGUGUACAUAUUUCCUUAGUCUAAUUCUCCCCCGUGUGCGUGAGUUUUGUAAUUCUCUUCGGUGUUGUAGCCUCGUAAGCACUUUGUCCGUAGCACAUAUCUGUAAAUACUAAGCUGGAGCUAACCCCAAGCAAGAGUUCUAUUCCGCGGCUAGCACCUUAACUAGGCUAAAUAAAUCUUGAAUGUCCACGUUUUGUUUUGGCUCCAAGUCGAAGUGAAAUUCUCUCGAAAAUUCCAUUCAGAAAUAAAAGACAAACUAACACAAAUUGUAUAUAGUUAGAGAAAUUCAACAACUUUCACACAAGUCCUAAUCAGUAAAUAUAUAAUUAUAUAUAAAUAUGUUUUGUAAAUAUCUGAUGUAGCUUAAAUCAAAACGUAAGGAUACACUGUCAUUAAAACUAAAAUAAAGCUUGAAAUCAAAAUUUGGAUCCCUCCCCUGAUUCAAGUGCAAUUUCUCUACAAAGAACUUUGAUUUAGAAUCUUAAGACCUUUCAAUUAUUUCAAUGUUUGUCCUGUUUGUAUGUUGCUCUACAUUUUCGCAUAAAAAUUAAACAAAUAUAUAUUAUAAAUAUGAUAAUAAAUAUCGGCUUAGAUAUCUUUGUAAGGCGAAAGAAUAAAAACUAAUUAAGAUAUGAGUAUGAAA